AUGUCCUCGCUGGAUCACUUCGACAAGUCUCGCAAUCGGGGGAGUCAUCGCGGCCUGUUCCACUCAAACGAGGCAUUCCCGUACGAAACAAUUCAGGCCUCAUCACAAAUCCGCGUGAUCGAGCUGGCGCCUGGUGAGUAUGGCAGUCCACUGGAAGCAACAUGGAAGAUCGUCAACAUGCAACGCCCUUCGUACUACGAAGCAGUGUCGCAUCAUUGGGGGCCUCCAGGCUCUCGAGCAAGAAUCUCCUUUCCUGAAGGUCACCUGCAAAUUUCAAGCUCGAUCUCAGCAGCGUUGCAACAGUUCCGACAGACUGAUGUCGUCCGCUGCCUGUGGAUUGAUUCAAUCUGUAUCAAUCAAGCCGAUAACACCGAAAAAGACGCCCAGGUCAGAAUCAUGAGAUCUAUCUACCACCAGGCAGAUCGCACGUUGAUCUGGCUUGGCAAGGAACGCAAAGAGACGGCAGCUGCAUUCUCCGCCAUUCAGCGCCUAGCUCGUGCAUCGCAAACGAUCCAGGAACAAUAUGGAUCACUCGGACAUUUCGAAUUAGCCCUCAAGGCGGGCUUGUUUGAUGUCACACCUGCUGAACGAUCGGCGUUGAUUGCGUUGUUGGAGCGGGGGUGGUUCUAUCGUACUUGGGUCUUACAAGAGGUCGCACUCUCCCCAAAAGCAAUGCUACACUGUGGUGGGCAUAGUUGCGACUGGGAUUCACUCGCCAAUAUUUCUCAUACCCUCUGUGCUACAGUCGGCACUUACGCGUUGGGUCUCGAGCAAUCGGGGCUCGCUUUCAUCGUUGCGGUUGUUCGACCAUAUCGAGAAUGGGACCGCUCGCUCUGGAGACUCCUCCAGCUGACUCUCGAUUGCGAAGUCUCUGAUUCCCGAGAUAAAGUCUUUGCCCUUCUCGGACUCGCCCAUGACGGCCACGACUUCUUGCAUCUGGUCGAUUACGAUCGCGAUCCGCACGCGAUAUAUCUCGAUGUGUUUCAGCAUUAUUUCGACGCGGGACGACCAGGUCUCCUCAACCAAGCCGGUAAUGCGGCUUGGCGAAGGACUCGAAGUCUUCCGUCAUGGGUCGCAGACUGGCUGGUCAUGGACUAUCACCCGAACCUUUUCGAGCGCGGAUCGCAACAUGAUGCCUUCUUGUUGCCCGGAACCUCGCCACGAAUCUCCGCAGACGGCAAGCGCCUCGCGAUCCGCGGCCUCGUUCGCGACCAGGUGUCCUACAUCCGGUCCAGCGGCCGCAAGACCUUCAAAUCCGCAGCCCGCGUCUAUCUCUACCUAUGGCGAAAGCUCGCCGUCGAGUGCGCGUUCUAUCCCGACGGUACGCCCACGAUCGACGCCUUCGCACAGACAUUAGUACUGGGCCUGCCACCACCCAUUGCACCCUUCACGACCAGCGAUGACCUCCUCACCACAUUGCAUGCCUGGCUGAAAACCCAUUCCCUCACGGAGAACCACGCGGAAUGGUCGGCCACCGACCUCGUCUUGUAUGAUUACUAUCGGGCGAUGACCGAAGCGUGUUUCAACCGGACCUUCUUCAGAACGCAUGCCGGCUACAUCGGCCUGGGAUCCUUCUUUCUCCGGCCCGGCGACCUGAUCGUCGAGCUGCACAACGGCACCACACCCUUCGCCAUCCGGCCCGCGGCGGAUGGCUGUUAUACUUUGGUCGGCGACACGUACCUGCAUGGAUUCAUGGAGGGACCCGUGGUGACGGCGGGGCGUAAGAUUCUCGACUUCGCGCUGGUGUGA